AUGGCCUCCAAUACAUAUGAAUCCAAAGCUCCUCUCACCCUCUCUGAGAGUGGCUCGUCGAGUCCCACUGCAUCCGCAGCGCCAAAGGCCGUCGACUCGGCCUUAACGUACCUCAGAGAUCAUGAGGGCAAGGCGGAUAUUGCGAUUGCGCAAGAUGCUGCUUUUUUGCAGGCGUUGCGCCGGAAAAUCGACUGGCGGAUCAUUCCGUUCAUGUGCCUCUGUUACACUAUGCAGUUCAUUGACAAGGUGGCUAUCAACUACGCUGCUGUCAUGGGCCUGAGAAAGGACGCGAAAUUGGUGGGAAACAACUUUUCCAAUGCGGCGUCUGCAUUCUUUAUUGCUUGCUUGGUCGCAGCAGUGCCAAACGUCUUCCUUCUGCAAAAACUUCCCACUGCGAAAUGGCUUGGAUUCAAUGUUUUCUGCUGGGGUAUUACAACCGCUUGCACCGGAGCAGUCCAUAAUUAUGGCGGUCUUCUCACCACUCGAAUCCUCUCGGGCGUAUUUGAAUGCGCUGUUGCUCCGUCUUUGAUGCUGCUUAGCAGUCAGUGGUACACAAAGAAGGAGCAGGCAUCUCGUUUUGCGUUUUGGUACGUUGGUCUGGGCUUGGGCCAGAUCUUCGGAGGUUUGCUCUCCUACGCUUUCCAGCACGUCAAACAUGGAUCAUUGGAGGGAUGGAGGAUACUGUUUAUUGUUCUCGGUGUCGUUUCUUCUCUUAUUGGGGUUGGCACUUUCUUCGGCGUGCCGGAUACGCCAAUGAAGGCUUACUUCCUUUCGGAGUCGGAAAAGGUUGUUUUGCUGGAGCACGUCAAAGUUAACAAGACCGGCAUCGACAACAAGCAAUUCAACUUCAAACAGAUUUUUGAGUCCUUGAUCGAUGUCCAGUUAUGGUUCUUGGCAUUUAUCGUAAUCUUGCAAUCGGUUUCCAGUGGAGUGAUUACCAGCUAUUCAGCCACGCUCAUUCGAAGCUUUGGCUACAGCCCAACCCAUUCAGCUCUUCUCAACAUGCCUUCUGGCGCUGUCAGCAUAUUCUUCACCUUGCUGGUUGGCUUUGGUGUCCGUAUUACAGGCCACCGAUGGGCUUGGAUCGCCUUUUGCAGCAUCCCGGCCAUCAUUGGCGGCGCUCUAAUGUCCUUCCUACCGCAUGGCCACCGAGGUGGACUUCUAGCAGGAAAUUACCUAGUGAAUGCUAUUGUCGCGCCUUUACCUAUCAUCUAUCAAUGGAUUGCGGCGAAUUGCGCAGGCCAGACCAAGCGUGCCUUUGCUAGCGCCAUCAUAUCCGCUUCAUUCUCUGUGGGCAACAUUAUUGGCCCUCAGACGUUCCAGGCCAAGGAUGCGCCGCAGUACAAACCGGCAAAGAUUGCAUUGAUUGCAACACAAGCGGCUGCAAUGUUUUUGACCAUCUUGCUCUUCUUCUACUACAUCUGGGCAAACAAGAGCCGCGCCUCUCUGACUUUGUCCGAGACCCAAAAAGACACUUCCAUUCAGGAAGCUUGGGACGGAAAGACGGACAAGGAGAAUAAGAGCUUCAGAUACGAGUAUUAG